AUGACAGUCACAACGGGGCCCCCAACAGGUGCUGCCGCCUCCUGCAACGAAACAGCAAUCACUAGUGAAGCAACACAACUACAGCAGCAGGUAACAGCUCAUUCAGCCCAGCAGAUAAACCCACAGGCCGUACAGGUGCUCCAGCAAGCAGACCCUGGGGGGGCCCCUGCAGCAGUUGCUGCUAAUACUGGUGCUGCUGCUGCUGCAGCAGCAGCAGAAGGAGCACACACAGGAGCAACACCUAGGCCAGAAGCGGCAACAGCCGCAACAGCAGCACCCGUAGCGCCAACAGCUGCCGCACUGCCUGCAACAGCAGUGGCAGUUGCUCCAACAGCAGCACCAGCAGCAGAAGCGGCAGCAGUACCCGCAACAGCUGCAGCAGUGCCCGGAGCAGAAGGAGUACCGGCAACAGCAGCAGCAACACCAGCAGCAGCAACAGCAGCAGCAGCAACACCAGCAACGACGGCAUCAUCCCUCCCAGCAGGAGCCGAGGUGCCGUCUGCCGGCCCCACAGGGGAGUCCCCAUCUGCGCCUCCAGCAGCAUCAACAGGAGUGACAACACCAGCAGCAGCAGCAGCAGCAUCACCAACAGCACCAGCAGCCUCUAUUGCUGGUGCUGCUGUACCUUCGGGAGCAGAAGCAGCAGCGCCAACGGCAGUCGCAGCUGCAGGCCCCGGUGCGCCUGCAACGCCUUCGUUAGCAGGGGCGGCGUCAACAUUAAAUUCUCCUGCUGCUGGAGGUUCAGGAGGGGCUGAGUCUGUUGCUUCUGUCUCUGCUCCUGUCUUAAAUGGCACAGUACACGGCUGUCACUGUGCAUGCGGCGAGUUGUAUCUAACAGAAGCCGAGCAUGCGGCUAUAGAGGCAUUCUUUGCUUCUGUUGGGGGUUCUUCUUCUGGGCCCUGGCGGCUGCUGGAAGUGCCGGAGGGGCCCUCUACAGGCUCUCGUAAGUCAAAGAAGGGUUCAGCAGCAAAACGCGUAGCGGGGGCCCCCCCCAGUGCCCUAGGGGGCCCCCAGGAGCGACAACGUCGGCAGUCUGUUGCAAGCUAUGGGGGCCCCCCUGCUGCAGCAGCGGUUGUAGCAGAGCUCCCAAAGACACGAUCAUCUCGCCUUCGUAGUGGAGGAUUGGGGGCCCCCCUUGGGGGCCCCCCACUUGGAGGGGCCCCCCCUGCUGCUGCAGAUGCUGAAGACUGGCCGCAAAGGAUGCAGCGUAUAUUGCUAGAGCUGUGCAGGCAGCCCGUGUGUCUGCCUUUCUUACCUCGUGUGUCUCCUAGCGAUGCUCAUUAUAAUGAGUUAGCGAGAAAGGUGUUCCCUGCUGUGCCUCUAAGCCUGGAGACAGUAUUGGAUAGGCUGGAGCAGGGAGGGUAUUACAGCCGUAGUUUAGAAGUUUUUAAUGAUAUUUAUUCUGUCUUUCUUUGUGCCUUUCGUUACUAUGAGCCCGGCCAUCAGUACUGGAUGAUGGCGCAUGAAGCAGCGCUUGCAUUCAGCGCUCUCACAGUAGGCGAGCCUUUGUGCAACGUAUUCGGGCCUCCCCCCAACAGCAGCAGCAGCAGCAGCAGCAGCAGCAGCAGCUUCCACGGGAAUGCUGCUAGCCAUGCAGACGACCACUGGGAAUUGUCUUCUUCUAGAAGUACAAACCACAGAAACGCAGCAAGAAAUGCAGCAAAAACAAAGACACCCAAAAACUAUGAUACACAACGAACCCGAUCUCGUGGGGGAGCGAAGGGCUUCGCACCAUCAGAGGGAGGUGGAGAUAUCCCGGUUUCAGUCGAAGAACGCCAAACAUUUCAGGAGCUCCUCUCGCAGCUUAGCAUGGAUGCGCACUUUCAGCUGUACAACACGUUUAAAGAUAGAGCCACUUGGGUUUCGUUCGAUACGGGUGAAGUUGAGCUCGAUGAUGGCGCCACAAUGCCCCACGUUUUCAGGGAAAUGGUACAGUGGUGUAAAGCACAAGUGUUGCAGAUGCAGAGCCAGGCAGGAAUGAAUACGCACGCUGCGCUUGCUGCUGCGGCCCCACAGCUGCAGCAAGUCCCUGCAGCAGACCCAUCUAAGGAAUUACAGCCUCCUGCAAAGCGAAUGAGGGCCUCAGAAGACAGCGCCUCCUCAGACUCUUCCGCGGAUUUAAGUGAUGACGAUUUCUGA